CAAAUAUUCAUAAGUUGCAAAGACGAUCAAAAUGGCGAUGGAAGCAGCCCCCACUUCGCCCCAGUUGAGUACCUAUGCUACUCAAAAUAAUGUUGCAGUAACCCAUGCAGUACCUUCUACACACAAUGCUGUUAAUAUCAUCCAGCCUGAUCAGGCAACAAAAGGAUUAUUCAUCGUCGAUCCGUCGCAACAACAUGCUUUACAAAUGUACACUACGAAUACGGAAAGACCAUUUAUGACAGCAAGCUCGGUCGAAUAUAACACUGCACCGGCUAUUACUGUGCCAGCAUCCAAUGGAAACAACCAGCUAAUGAUGACUGGACAACCAAUUGGUGCACAGAGACUUCCCGUCGCUAUGGAAACCCUUGAUGAACCACUCUACGUUAAUGCAAAGCAAUAUCAUCGAAUAAUCAAYCGUCGGCAAGCUCGAGCAAAACUUGAAGCUGAAGGAAAGAUCCCAAAAGUCAGGAAGAAAUAUCUUCACGAAUCAAGACAUCAACAUGCUUGUCGAAGAAAAAGGAGUAAUGGCGGGAGGUUUGUAACCAAAGGAGGUAAAAAAUUAACCGAAGAGCAGUUGAAUGCAUUAGAAGCUGACAGUAACGACACAGAAAAGCAACAAGGAAACGAACAGUCAUCAGAAUAAAUUAAUUAAAAGGUUGUAAGUCCUCAACCCCAGCCUGUACAAAGAACAUUGCUGUCAAACUAGCCAUGUAUGUCACCAUUACGCUGAUAUUUAAACACUUUUCCAUCAGAGUACAUACUGUACAUUGAAGGAUUAAAAACACUARUAUACUAGUGUGUAAGAUGUAGAAUUUAUUAUUUAAACUAACAUCAAAGUGUAAAAGAUAAUACUCUUUUGAUAGUGGUUGUUUAUUUCUAUGUAAAUCUAUUAUAUAUUAUACAUGAUAUUAUUAUGUGCAAAGUGUUUUCAUACUACACUGAAUGAAGCUGUAACUUAUCAAAGUUUGGAUGCCAUUUGCAGUGUCCAAGGCAUAUUAAUUUUGUCUUGGUAUUUCACCUAAAGCUGACUUAAAACUCCAUUUUUAUUUAGUACGGAAUUAUGUUUUCUUCCUGCUAGUUGAAUACAAACACUAAAAGUGUGCAACAAAAAUAUUGGUAAAUUAUACUGCUAACUGUAUUGUUUUCUAUUCAGUUGACUAUAUUUAACAGUGAAUAGUGUUAGUAACGUGUUGCACACAUUUAGUUUGUGUAUUCCAAUGAUAUUGGAGUUAGCAACCCAUCCUUUAUGCAGCUAAAGGGAGACAUGAAAAGCGCAAUAUUAAUGUUCAAAGUUGAAACUCUCCUAAAAAUUUGUUGUGGAGAAAGUGAACAUUCAUCAAAAAGCAGUUUUAUUGCAUGGACAUGUAGUUUUAUAAUGAAUUAAUAGUACAAUACUAAAUAAUUUCCUUUACAGCAAGUAGMUUAAAAUAYGUUUUACAUUAUCAAUCUUCAUUWGAUGUUGAUUUAAAGGCAUAAAUCAGACUGUUAAACAAAAGGGAGCCAAUUUGCACAAGUUUGAGUCAUUCAUUUUAACAGCYAGAAUUUUAGAGACAAGCUUACAAAGUAGUGCUUAAGUUGUGCCUCAGGAGACAGUGUUCAUGCAGUAUUAACAUCAGAUAUGAUCUUUUAGUGUUAAUUGAAUAUAAUUUUCAUGUAUUACCCUAGCAAACAAGCUGUUCAGACAUUUUUAGCAAUAAAAGAAAAAGCUAGCUAAG